CCGCCCGCAGCGCCGGCACCGGGGCGGACGGAGGGGCGGCCAGACGGACGGCUGCAGCCGCGCUCCCGGCACCGCUCCGCGCUCGGCACCGCGCUCGGCUCCGGGCUCCCGGCACCGCGGCCCGCUCCGCACCGGCCCGCUCCGCUCGGCGCCCGGCACGGCGGCGGCAGCGCGCCCCCCGGCACCGGCCCCGGCGGCGGGCGGCGGGAUGGCCGCCAAGCCGGCCGAGCUGCUGGGCGUCUGCUCGAGCUACCAGGCGGUGAUGCCGCCCUUCGUGUGCGCCGCCGAGGAGUUCCCGCCGCCGGCGCGGCCCGCCCGGGCGCCCCGCGGCAAGGCGCGGCGGCCGCGGCAGUCGCGCUUCAAGACGCAGCCGGUGACUUUCGACGAGAUCCAGGAGGUGGAGGAGGAGGGCGCGUCGCCCACGGAGGAGGAGAAGGCGCGUCGCUCCUUCCUGCAGUCCCUCGAGUGCCUCCGCCGCAGCACCCAGAACCUGGCGCUGCAGCGCGGCCGCCUCGGCAGCUGCCGCCUCCGCAACAGCCUCGACUCCAGCGACUCGGACUCGGCCCUCUGAGGGCGCCCGGCCCGGCCCGGCCCGGCCCGGCCCGGCCCGGCUGGCGGCUCGGCCCCGCUGCGCUGCGUCCGCGGCGGGCGGCGGGUGCACGGACGGACGGACGGACUCGGCUGCGCGGAGCCGCCCCGGCCCCGAGGGAGCCGGCGCCGCCGCCAGCCAGGUCAGGAUGUUUUCUGAGAGAGAAAGCGCUUGCACCUUCGUUUCUAUCCGAUCGUAUGAAACUCUCGGUAUAAAAGACAAAAAAAAAAAAUCUUUUCUAAUCGUUAGAAGAAAUGAGCUGUUUUAGAUGCAUUGAGCUGCUGGACUUUAUAUUUAUUUUUGCAUUUAAACUGUUGACUGCGUUAAUUUAAUAUGUUUCUACCUGAAUGUCUGUUGUUAUUUCCAUAAAAGAGAAAUAAAAUCUGAUAUAUUUGCACAGUU